AUGCGGUCAGCGCUCUCGCGGCCUCUGCGGCGCGCUCUGCGGGCGCAGCAGCCGCGCUGGAUCUCCGAUGUCAAGAUCACGCGCGACACAGGGCUGCCCGACCUGAUCAUCACGCCAGUGGCGGCGAAGAAACUCAUCGAGGCGGCCGAGCGCCAGAAGACGGAGAAUCUGAUGCUCCGCGUGGCUGUGGAGGGUGGCGGCUGCUCCGGCUUCAAGUACGUGAUCGAGUUCGAGAAGGACGCGACGCCCGACGAGGAGGAGGACAUCGUCUUCGAGCAGCACGGCGGCAAGGUCGUGGUGGACAAGGAGUCGCUCGAGCUCAUCCGCGGCAGCACCGUCGACUACGAGCAGGAGCUCAUCCGCAGCGCCUUCGCCAUCGUCAACAACCCCAACGCAGUCAGCGGCUGCGGCUGCGGCACGUCCUUCGACCUCAAGGACUGA